AUGGUGCUAAUUCCGGCGUUGAUGCUACUGUUGCUGGUGUGCGAUAUUGCUUCUAUAGGAGAUAUGUCCGCCUUUUCCCUUGGAUUCCCUCUGAGUAGAAGAAAUCUUUCUUUUCUACUUUCGACAUUAUUAGUACCAGCCUCCUUGAGAAAGGAAGGAGAAGCUCUGUUGACACCGAUUCUGGCUUAUCUUGUGCCGACGAAUCCCUAUAGAAUAGUACACGUCUACUUCUUAUUGAUUUCGACAGCUGACAGCCAGCUCAGGAACGACGCAUCGACGAAAACCCUCUUUUGUCUUUCACUUUACGGAUCAAUAUCUUUAUCUCAGGACUAG